CCGUCAGCCGCUCCGCUUACACAGUCCUGCUGUACAAGUACAUACAUCCGUACGUAACACGGCGCAUGCGCCGCACCGCAGAGGGCCUCAUCGAAUCAGCAACAACCUCACCACAAAGUCCGAGACACGACAAUAAAUAACACGACGCACCGAACAACAUCAACAUGGCUCUCCAACCACAGCCGCUGUCAGCCUACGCCGGCUACGCGCACUUCAUCGUGACCUCGCCCUCGCCGAGCCACCACCCGUUCGUAGCGCACGUCGAGAUCAACCGGCCGGCCAAGCUGAACGCCUUCCACGAGGCCAUGUGGCACGAGCUACGGCGCGUGUUCCAGCAGCUGUCGGCGGACCCGGACGUUCGCGCCGUCGUGCUCUCGGGCGCGGGGGACCGCGCCUUCACCGCGGGGCUCGACGUCACGGCCGCGAGCGAGGGCGGCGUGCUGGCGUCGGCCGAGGCUCAGGGGCUGGACGCGGCGCGGAAGGCAGCCCGGCUGCGGCAGUAUAUCGCCGAUUUCCAGGAGUGUAUCUCCGCAGUGGAGAAGUGCGAGAAGCCUGUCAUCUGCGUCAUGCACGGCAUCUCCAUCGGGCUGGCGAUCGAUAUCUCGUGCUGCGCCGACAUCCGGCUAUGUUCCCAGGACGCUCAGUUUGCCGUCAAGGAGGUCGACAUCGGGCUGGCGGCUGACAUCGGCACGCUGGCGCGGCUGCCCAAGGUGGUGGGCAGCCAGUCCUGGGUCAAGGACGUUUGCCUCACCGCGCGCGACUUCAGCGCGGUCGAGGCGCUGUCCGUGGGGUUCGUCAGCCAGGUGCAUGAAUCCAAGGCGGCCGCGCUGGCCGUGGCCGUCGAGAUGGCCGGCUUUAUCGCCUCCAAGAGCCCCGUGGCGGUGCAGGGAACCAAGGAGCUGCUGAAUCACAGUCGGGAUCAUACGGUUGAUGACAACCUGAGGUAUACCGGGGUUUGGAAUGCUGCUGCGCUCCAGACGAAUGAUGUGGCGGCCGCGCUCAUGUCGGGCCUCAAGAAGAAGAAGCCCACGUUUGAGAAGCUAUGAAUGGGGUCCGGACAUAGUGGGUUUAUGGCUUGUUGGUUUGAGAGAUCCGAUCGUGUCCGUAUUUAUGGUCGACUUAAAGGGCCACCCG